AAAAUGAAGGGAAAAUCCCACAAUAGCCACCAUUUUCGCAAAUCACCCUUCUCCUCUAACUCUCUAAACUACCAUAACCCCGGCCGAUUUAGUCACUUCACAAUUAAAAUUCUCGAUUUAGUCACCAGCUGUCACCAUAAAAUUAUUUCUGGAAAAAAUGCAGUCACUCAAUCUGAAAUUGUUAACGGAUUUUAGUACGGGUACGAGGAGGUUUGUUCCGGGUCGGAGCUUCGGUACGGAGUGGAGACAGUGUUUGAAUUUGAGGAAUUACAGCCGAAAUUGUCGGAUUGUAGCAUGUUCUGUUGAGAGAGAUGGAGGGGGUGAAGGAACAAGUUCAAGUUCGAGUUCGAGUUCGGACCAAAGUCCGAGUUCCUUUUUGUCUCGCAGUCAAACUUAUGCUAUGCUCAAACAACAAAUGGAGGUUGCUGCACAAUCUGAGGACUAUGAAGAAGCUGCAAGACUUCGUGAUUCAUUGAGAUCAUUUGAGGAAGUGGAACCAGUUUUGCGGCUUCGUAGGUUGCUUAAGGAGGCAGUUGCUGAUGAGCGGUUUGAGGAUGCAACUAGGUAUCGCGAUGAGCUAAAGGAAAUUGCACCGCUUUCUCUCUUGAAAUGUUCAAGUGAUGCAACUACCUUGGGGAUAAGGGUUCAAGUUAGGAGCGUGUACAUUGAGGGCCGAAGUCAGCCUUCAAAGGGGCAGUACUUCUUUGCAUAUAGAAUAAGAAUCACUAAUAACUCAGAUCGCCCUGUUCAACUUCUCAGAAGACACUGGAUUAUCACAGAUGCCAAUGGAAAAACUGAAAAUUUUUGGGGAGUUGGAGUUAUAGGUGAACAGCCGGUUAUACUUCCCAGGACAGGAUUUGAAUACUCAUCUGCAUGCCCACUUUGCACUCCCAAUGGUAGAAUGGAAGGUGACUUUGAGAUGAAACACAUUGACAAAGCUGGCUCACCCACGUUCAAUGUUGCUAUUGCGCCGUUCUCUCUCUCAAUACUAGGAGAGGGAAGUGAUGCUUUUUGAAAUGGGAAAUGUGGACUCACUUCAGAGAGGGUGGGGGGCCUCUGCAUCCAUUCACGUUUGUCAAUUGAAGGUUUGAAAAACUGUAAAACAGUGUAUUUUAUCUGGCAAGUGUGAAAAUCAUCUCCUCUUUGGUGGGAUUUUAUGCUGUUAUCAAUUGGUAGACUAGAUGGAUGUAAAUUGUCAAAGUUGUAUGUAACGAACUUAUCGAAGAAAUAUUAUAGUAGAAAUGAUUUUGUUAA